UUGAGUGCUUGAUUUUGCAACCUUAACAUUUCUUUUAAAGUGUCAUUUCAGACUAUAACAUGCUAUAAAACUCAGCAGUUCAAGGCCUAGACAGAGUUAUCACGGUACAUAGAGAUCUUUCAUGUACCCGUGAGUUUCUCACUGAAUCCCACCCAGCUUCCUCAGUCAUCUAAAACCAAGUCUAAAAUGUCUAUUCCACCGGAAAUGAAUGAGGAUGUGGUAACCUACUCAGCUCUGAAAUUUGAUGAGUCUAGAAGGCCGAGACCUGGUGACAAAGCAGCAACACGUGAGGAAUCGGUAACGUGCCAGGAACCGAACCAUCACACCUCAGCUAAGCAGCAGGGAAGCCAAAGACCCCAAGGUGGGGGAGACAAAGAUCCUCUGCCUUCUCAAUGGUUGCUCACUACAGUUAUCCUUGGGAUUCUCUGCCUGCUUUUGUCGAUAGCAACAGGAGUUUUGGUUUUCAAGGUCACUCAGUGUGAUGGCCAGCAGAAAAAUCUCACCCAGCAGCCGAAGGUUUGCCAAAGCCAACCCACAAACCACCAAGGGACUCCACAGGAGCUGCCAAGCAACAGAGACACUCAGUGGCGAGGCCAGCAGGAAAUCCUCACCCAGCAGGUGGAAAAUCUCACCCAGCAGCUGCAGUUGUGUCAAAGCCAAACCACAAACCACCAAGGGGACAAAUGUCCGGUACGGUGGAUACAGUCCAGUGACAGCUCGUACCUCUUUGCUGCUGCAGACAGAACAUGGGAUCAGUGUCAGUCCUACUGCUCAUCUCAAUCUGCCCGGCUGCUUAAAACUGAGAGCAAGGAAGAGAAGAAUUUCAUACAACAAGAAUCAUUUCUUUAUUUUGAUCUGCGUCAAGGCUUUAAAUAUUAUCUCUCUUACUGGAUUGGAUUAUCGUAUGAUUCCAGCUCCAGGAAGUGGGUCUGGGUGGACAGCACAGCUCUCUCCUCUGGCCUACUUGAAAUCUCAGUAGCCAGUAACCAGGAUUAUCCGCGCAGAGCUUGUGUCUAUAUCCAAGGUGGGAAUUUCAAACCUGGAGACUGCGGAGAAACUCGAUUCUGCCUGUGCGAGAAGAUGAAGGAUUUGACAAGAACCUGAACUCCUUCAUCUGGAACAGGCCUGGACAGUCUGCUAAACCAAACAGAGAUUGAAAAAUCUCAUUGCCUUGCUUGGUAAUUUCCUCUAUCUGCUCUUUUAUGUUGAACGUGUGAGAGUGGACUACAAUCUCCUUCCCCUACAGCGUAACUUCUUUUGCCGGCGCCUGUAGUUGUUGGAUAAAUCUGCACACCUCACCUCACCUAAUGUUAUUUUCUUGGCUGUAAUGGCUGUAUUGAUGCAAUGUUGGGAACCACUAGGGUAAACUGUAACUCUCCAGAGCCUAUGGCGUGUACAGACGUGUGUGUGUGUGUUACACAGUCAUAGACAUGAGCGAUGGAAAAGACAUAUGGACUCCCCUAGUGCAGCUCCCUGCCAAUCGCCCCUACUGUAUAUAUUGUAGUGUCUGAUCCUGUCUGAUUUCCAGAGUUUCAAGGGCCACUAUGGCCCUAGGCAGAUUCCACAUCAUAGAUCUGAAACAUGAGUUGAAUAAUUGCUAUUCAAAUAAAUUU